CUCUGGGUGGUGAGUCACACUUCUUUAGUGACAGGGAAGGUGACAGUUGAGUUCCCGGCUCCUAAAGCUAAAACCAUGGCCACGGACAUGACUCUGCUGUGGGGCACCGGCUCUCCUCCCUGCUGGAGAGUGAUGAUCGCUCUGGAGGAGAAGGAGCUGCAGGGAUACAACCAAAAACUGCUCUCCUUUGAUAAGAACGAGCACAAGUCUCAGCAAGUGUUAGACUUAAAUCCAAGGGGACAGCUUCCCACCUUCAAACAUGGCGACAUCGUGGUGAAUGAAUCUUAUGGAGCCUGCUUUUACCUGGAGAGUCAGUUUAAGUCCCAGGGAAACAAACUGAUCCCAGACGGCCAAGCAGAGCAAGGACUGAUGUACCAACGCAUGUUUGAGGGGCUCACCUUCUACGAAAAACUGAAUGCCGUCAUCUACUAUGAGUGGUUCACCCCUGAGGAAGAGCGGCAUGACUCAGCACUGAAGAGAAACAAGGAGGCUCUAACCACUGAGCUGAAGCUCUGGGAGGGAUAUCUGCAGAAGCUUGGCCCCAACUCUUACCUUGCAGGGCCGACCUUCACCCUGGCAGAUGUGACUGUUUUCCCAACCAUUGCCUACCUUUUCAGAUUUGGGCUGUCUACUGAGCGUUACCCCACGCUGGGAGCGUAUCACGCUCUGCUGAAGGAACGGCCCAGCAUCAAAGCCAGCUGGCCUCCACACUGGCUGGAGAACCCUGAAGGACAAGACACGCUCAAAGACAUCUGAGGUUCUCCAACACUUCAGUCACACCUGCCUCGGGGGCUUUGGGUUUUCACUAAAAUGCUUUUGCUUUUGUUUAAAACGGUUUCACUUUACAGUUGGUAGAAUGUGAUUCUACUCUUUUAUUUUCCUGCCGUUAAGAAGGGAAGAAAGUGUUAAAACACAAGUUUGUUCAAAAAAUCUUGUUAAAUCAGAAACAUCCGUCUUAUGUUUUGUUAUGUAAACUUUGGCUCAAGUUCUUUCAGGUGUUCAGAAAAAUUCAGCUGCCAAUAAAUGUGAUAUUAAACUAAGCAGAGUAUCAGGCAGAGGUUGCAGGGAAAAAAUCACGCUGUGAUGCUACUAACUGUGCAGCUUUUGGACCCAACAUUAACCCCUGUCUACUAAUGGUGAACGCAGCAGGGUGCAGCUCAUGUGAAGUGUCAAUACAGAGUCAAUUAUUGAAAUGAAAAUGUUUUGGAACUACUAUUUGCACUAAAUAAUCCAUGUGUAACCGACUGCCAGCCGGCCGCAUUGUAACCUGAAGCUUCCACUGUGUAGAAAGCCCAGCAGGUGUGUUUAUAUGGGUUUAUCUCUCAUAUCAAAUAUAACCUGCUUCAGAACUGGUUAGGUGUGCAGAGUCAGUUACCUUGAUGUGAUAAGAAGUGCCACCCUUGCCCUUAAAAUACAAAAACUAACCUGAAGGUAACACAAAUCCUGCCCUGUAGCAGUAAAUAUACCAGGCUAGUAUGAAAACCAUAUCAUCACUGUUGAAGGUGUGAGAGAUGUAGUAAUGUUUGCAGUCAGGAGGUCAGGUCUAAAGGUCUUCUUUGUGAUUACAUAAACACCAAUACUUGGAUCAUUUCUCUCAAAGCGUUGUCAAAUAAAAGAGGUGGGCGGUGUCUUUGAGGACGUGACCCUGUGCUUUUAUGAUUGAACUGUGGUGCCAGUCCUGGUUGGCUGCACAAAGGUAACUGAAAUACCCUGUGUUGUCAUGACUCUGCAUAAAUGAGAUGGAUGCUUA